CGCCAUAACGCAGUCCAUUGUGUCGGUGUACGUUCGUGUGGUAACGUCAGGCGCGCGCCAUUUUUUUUCUCCUCUCUACACCGUCCGUUCGGAUAAACAUUAUUAUAUUGUUCGCAACGCAAUCGGGCCGAGACAGCCGCGAUCCGUUUGCCGACGCCGUGUAAGUUGUUCGAUAAAAUUUUUUUUUAAAACUGUUAUCGGCCGCGUGCGUGAGUGCGAGUGACGAAAACAAAAAAAAAAACACCGAAAUUAACGACUACCCGGCGUGUACUCGCGGUACGCGGUGAGCAAUUUCGAGCGGCGGCGGCGGACCGUCGUGAGUACAUAUACGACGCCGCACGCUCUUCGGUGGCUGCGCGUGAUUUUGGCCACCGCGGACGCCAGCACCACCGAGUCAUGGACACGGCCAUAACGAUCAGGACGGAAGACCGGUUCGACGAUUUACAGCAAUACGACCACGAGGACCUGAACUAUUGCAGUCUGACGAACGCGUCCGAGGAAGGAGCGGACUCGCCGCCGUCGGGACUGACGCCCAUCGUGGUGGGCCACAGGACGCCGCAGAUGAGCGCCACGAUGGAGCACGAGAAAAGGAUGCGCCGGGAAAUCGCCAACUCCAACGAGAGGCGCCGCAUGCAGUCGAUAAACGCGGGAUUCCAGAACCUGCGCACCCUCAUACCGCACCACGAGGGCGAAAAACUCAGCAAGGCCGCCAUACUGCAACACACGGCCGACUACAUUUACCAGUUGGAACAAGAGAAAACGAGACUAUUGUCGCAGAACUGUCAGCUGAAACGGCUGGUCAGCAAACAGGAGGGCGAACUGCUGAGCACGGCCAGCGUGCACAAGAAACGCAAAUUGGAAGACCCUGCGGGUCUCGACGACGGCGGUAUUAUGAUGGACGAGAUGACCGAACUGCGAGCGCACCUAGAACGCGAGCAGAGCCUUCGGAUGGAGCUCGAGGAGCAGCUGAAAGAAUAUGCUGCUCGUUUGGGAGAAACGUACGUGGAACCACCCAAGUCCAAGGAGAGCUCUCAGACUACCAUCCAAUACCACCACAACACGAACACGUGUGUAGUCGGCGAAGAAGCCGGUAUGGAGAUCAUCGAAGUGAACGAUUCGGAAAACCUGGUGGUGCAACGAGAGCCGCAAGACGAUAGCUCGCUGAUCAAGACUGAACCCGAUGUGCUGGAAGACGAUCGGCUUAAAGCGGUGGUGGACGUCGUGGAGUCGGUUGUUCAGCCCCAGCAACAGCAGGAGCCGCAACAGCAACCACAGCAGCAACAGCAGCAAGUGCUCCCUUCCGCCAGGGUCUACCUGACCAGCACGUCCAGGCAAAACUUGGAGACCAUCGUCGAAGCCAUCAGACACCUGGAGGGCGACCAUCUGUUCAGCGACGAUCACCAAGACGCUCCGUUAGCGCUGACCAAGCACGCGGCCGCCAGCAAUCAAAAAUUGCUCAAGGUGGAAAUGAAUCCCUUCCUCCAAUUCCACAGUGGUUCCCAGACGUCUCAGGGUUCUACGGUGGUAACGUCCAACACCUCAGUGCGACCGUCCAGGCCUGGUGUCAUUGUCGGCAAACAAGUGUCGUGACUUUGUUCGAGUUAAUUAAGUGUACAUGUUAAAGAAAAACAUUUUAUAAUAAGAUAAAUGAAAAAUGAAAAAAAAAGAGAGAAUGCUGUAUGCUUAUGUUACCACCGCAAUUCCCCACUUUUUUUUUUAAUAUUAAAGAAAAAUACUAAUUGAUUUCUACGUGUGUAAUCUUUUCGUCGGGAAAUUGUGAAAUGUUUUUCUUCGAUUGUGAUGUGUCGUGUGUGUUCGGUUUCAGAUACGUUAAAAAGUAAUGUAACAAAUAAUUUAAUAAGAAAAAAAAUCUACGAUAUUAUUAUUCUCAUUUUUAAAUUAAUGACUGUGUUUUUUUUUUCUCUAGUUUUUAGUAUACAUAUAUAUAUAUGUAUAAACCAUUUUGAUUGAUUUUACUUUUGUAAUUAUUAUAUAUGAAUAAUAAAUGUUUACUGUCAUACACUGUACUCGGAAAAAAAAAAAAGAUGCCACAACAGAAAUAUGUUCAAACAGUGUUGUUACUCUAUUUGAUCUUGUCCGACAGCCAUAAAAAAAAAAACAAUUAUAUUUUUUUAUGAAUUUUGUAACAUUGUAAAUUAACGAUUCAUUUUCAUUGUAUUCUUUCGUUUGUUUUUGACAUUUAUUUAUAUAUCACAUGUUGAUUUUUA